AUGGCUUCAAGACCAGACCUCAAGGUCGAUGAUGAGGGUGGGUUCAUCCGCACCUUUCGAUCACUUCCUACCAAAUCAGAUGGCACUGGCACCAUCAGAGUCUUCGAUCGCGGUGACUACUAUUCAGCACAUGGCGACGACGCCGAAUUCAUCGCAACGUCAGUCUACAAGACUACUGCCGUAAUCAGGAAUCUGGGGAAAAGUGACAAUGCUCUACCUAGUGUAACCUUGUCAACGACUGUCUUCCGCAACCUCCUUCGCGAAGCUCUUUUCAAGUUGGGGAAAAGGGUGGAAAUCUGGGAAAGUGGUGGAAGGGGAAGUUGGAAACUUGCUCGACAGGCAAGCCCUGGAAAUCUGCAGGCGGUCGAAGAAGAGCUUGGAACCGGCUUAGACAGUCAGGGAGAAAGUGCACCAACCAUACUGGCAGUGAAGAUCAGCGCUAAAAACGGCGAGGCUAGAAAUGUGGGUGUAUGCUUUGCAGAUGCCAGUGUCAGGGAGCUCGGAGUGAGCGAGUUCCUCGACAACGACUUGUACUCAAACUUCGAAAGCCUGCUUAUUCAGCUUGGCGUGAAGGAAUGCGUGAUCACGACCGAUGGCCAGAAAAAAGAUCCCGAACUGGCGAAGCUGCGACAAAUCGCCGACGCUUGCAACAUUGCUGUCACCGAGAAACCUGCCUCCGACUAUAUGGUUACAGACAUCGAGCAGGAUCUUGCUCGGCUAUUGAAAGGCGAGAAUGCUAUGGGGUUGCUACCGCAGACUGACCUCAAACUUGCCAUGGGCAGCGCCGCAGCACUCAUCAAAUACUUGGGUGUCUUGACAGAUCCAAGCAACUUUGGUCAAUAUCGAUUAUACCAACACGAUCUCAGUCAAUACAUGAAACUAGAUGCAGCCGCACUUAGGGCCCUCAAUCUGAUGCCGGGACCGAGAGAUGGAUCCAAAAAUAUGAGUCUUUUUGGUCUCUUGAAUCACUGCAAAACACCAAUUGGUGGUCGACUGCUAGCACAGUGGCUUAAACAACCACUCAUGAGCCUUCUCGCAAUCGAAAAACGCCACCAACUAGUGGAAGCAUUCUUUAACGACACAGAGCUCCGACAAACCAUGCAAGAAGAGCAUCUUCGCUCCAUACCUGACCUAUAUCGUCUCGCCAAAAAGUUUCAACGAAAACAGGCAAAUUUAGAAGACGUCGUGCGUACUUAUCAAGUGGUGAUCAGGCUCCCAGGAUUUAUCGAAGCCUUGGAGACAGUUGUUGAUGAACAAUAUCAAGUACCUCUUGAAGAAGAAUACACCUCGAAACUCAAGGAUCUCUCCAACUUUUUGGGCAAACUUGCAGAGAUGGUAGAGACCACGGUUGAUCUUGAUGCCCUUGAUCGCCACGAGUUCAUCAUCAAGCCAGAAUUUGAUGAUGAUCUUCGCAUAAUUAGGGCAAAGCUUGACAAGGUGAGAAACGCAAUGGACGCCGAACAUCGUCGAGCCGGGAAAGAUCUCAACCAAGACCUGGAUAAGAAACUCUUUCUCGAAAAUCACCGAGUACAUGGCUACUGCUUCAGACUUACAAGAACCGAGGCAGGAUGCAUUCGCAACAAAUCGAAUUAUCAGGAAAUUUCCACCCAGAAAAAUGGUGUCUACUUCACGACAAAGGCGCUACAAGAAUUUCGUCGAGAACACGAUCAGCUUUCCGACACAUACAACCGCAAACAAACAGGUCUCGUGACCGAGGUCGUGUCAGUCGCAGCAUCAUAUACUCCAGUAAUUGAGCAACUCGCUGCCAUUAUUGCUCACCUCGACGUCGUGGUCAGCCUGGCUCAUGUAUCCGUUCAUGCUCCAACAGCAUAUGUUCGUCCGAAAAUGCACCAGCGAGGAACGGGUGAUACCAUAUUAAGAGAAGCACGUCACCCCUGUAUGGAAGCUCAGGAUGACAUCAGUUUCAUCACCAAUGAUGUCGAGCUGAAACGCAAUGAGUCCAGUUUCCUCAUCAUAACAGGUCCGAACAUGGGUGGUAAAUCAACAUACAUCCGUACGAUUGGUUGUGUUGCACUCAUGGCUCAGAUUGGUUGUUUUGUUCCUUGCUCGGAAGCGGAGUUGACCAUCUUCGAUUGUGUUCUUGCACGUGUUGGAGCUUCAGAUUCACAGUUGAAAGGCGUCUCAACUUUCAUGGCGGAGAUGCUAGAAACGGCAAAUAUAUUGAAGAGUGCCACCAGGGACUCAUUGAUCAUAAUUGACGAGCUUGGUCGGGGUACAAGCACUUACGACGGGUUUGGACUUGCCUGGGCCAUCAGUGAAGAGAUCGUUGCGAAGAUCGGGGCAUUCGGAUGCUUCGCCACCCACUUUCAUGAACUUACGGCUCUGGCUGACAAAUUUCCCAAAGCCGUAAAGAACCUACACGUUGUGGCUUUCGUGGGUGAUCAACAAGACGUCGCUAUGACUGAGGGCCCAGAGAAUUCCACGAAACGGAGAGAGGUCACAUUAUUGUACCGCGUCGAACCAGGCAUCAGUGACCAAAGUUUUGGUAUACAUGUUGCCGAAUUGGUGAGAUUUCCAGACAAGGUUGUCAACAUGGCGCGACGGAAGGCCGAGGAGCUUGAAGACUUUACCAGCACCGAUGAACCGCAGAAGAAAGAAAAAUACACGAAGGAGGAAGCAGAAGAAGGUAGCAGACUUCUAAAAGAUAUGCUCAAGAAGUGGAAAGAACAAGUCGAAGGACAAGAAAUAAGCAAGGACGAGAAAUUGAAGCUUAUGAGAUCAAUGGUGAAGAACGACGAAAAGUUAAUGGCCAACCGGUUUUUCCAAUCGAUCCAAAGCCUGUGA